AAACAGGAAGCAGCGCUGAAGCGGGUCCGCACCUUUUCCGGUAAUAUCAAGAGGAGAAGCAACACGACCGGGACCGAGAGAACGAGGACCAGAGAGAACCGAGCCGACAGAACCGAGCCGGGGCGCGCGACCGGGCGGCUGAUAUACGAGGUGAAGCGGCGCGCGCUGAGGCGCGUUCGCGGUCGCGUUCAGUACGCGGACAGAAGAGGGGAAAGAGGAAGAGGGCUUGUUUGGACCAGAACCAGAACUGAUGAUCUGAAGUGUGUGUGUGUGUGUGUGAAGGGAAUGAGCGCGAGCGAGCGGCGACCCGACAGUCGGUACACAAGAAGGAAGUCAGAAAGAAAAGGCCUAUUUUUGUUUUUUCUUCAUUCAUUUUGAGGUCUGGUCACAUUUCCCAACUGUAUUAGAUCCAAAUUUUUUAUUUAUUCAAGGAAAAGCGUUGAGUCAUAUGUAUUUCUGUGAAGCUGCAGGACCAAAAAAACACACUUUUUGCAUCACACAUACUAUAUAUGCACAGCCUACAAAAUGGGGAAGAUGCUUUCCAAGAUAUUUGGCAACAAGGAGAUGAGAAUAUUAAUGCUUGGACUUGAUGCGGCGGGAAAAACGACGAUUCUUUACAAACUCAAACUGGGACAGUCGGUCACGACCAUCCCGACCGUCGGGUUCAACGUGGAAACCGUGACGUAUAAGAACGUGAAGUUUAACGUGUGGGAUGUGGGCGGUCAGGAUAAGAUCCGGCCCCUGUGGCGGCACUAUUACACCGGCACACAAGGACUGAUCUUCGUAGUGGACUGUGCGGAUCGGGACCGGAUCGACGAGGCCCGACAGGAGCUUCAUCGCAUUAUUAACGACCGCGAAAUGCGCGACGCCAUUAUCCUGAUAUUCGCCAACAAGCAAGAUCUCCCCGACGCCAUGAAGCCGCACGAGAUCCAGGAGAAACUCGGCCUGACCCGGAUCCGAGACCGCAACUGGUACGUUCAGCCGUCCUGCGCCUCGACGGGCGACGGACUCUACGAAGGGCUCACCUGGCUCACGUCCAAUUACAAAUCAUAAUGCGAGUCAAAACUUAGAAGCAAAUUAACCAAUAACUCGUUGAGUUUUCUUUUCUUUUUCAUACGCCCGCUUUCUUUCAGCACUCUGUAUAAUCCUUCUGUUACGUUUCGAAUGUUCGUAAAGUAGUGCCGUGCGACCGAUUAAUCGCAUCCACAAUGAGCGUUUCGUAGAUAUGCAAAUAUUUCUUAUGUAUUUAUAUAUGCUAAAUAAUUCUACACCUAUAUUAUGUGAGCAGAAACUUGUAUUUCGGAUGCGAUUAAUCGGUCGCUACCGUAAAGUAUUACUUAACUCAGAAGCUGUGGGAGGGGUUUGUUUUGUUUGUUGUUUGUCUGAAGACCCAGUUGUUCUAGUCCUGAAAUGGCAGCUUGUUUGUUUACCUCUGUGCCAUCAUCACUUAUGCCGAAUGUACGGAGAAUAGCUGCAGUGCCGAGCUUUUAAAUAAACUCACCAACCAAGCAGAUCCAGUGUGUGUUCCCUGAAGAUGCACUUUCCCCCUGAGCUGCUGGUGAUGUGAAGCCAGGGGAAUUAUGGGUAAUGAAAACCAGUUUUUCUGAAUGGCGAGCGGUGUCAGGCCUGGUUCUCUAAACUGCACCGCUCACAUCGAGACUUUUUUGUCUCAUGAUAAAUUAAUGCUUUGUUUUAUUGUUUUCACUUCUAUGUUAUGCUGAAGAAAUAAUAAAUCUGUAUAUAUAAAUAUACAUAUAUAUCUCAA